UUUAAAACCGAUAACUAUGUGAGUUUCAAUAAGCAGACUAAUAAGUCAACAUGUCUGAUAUGCCGCAAAGAGUUGUGCGGCCUUAUAAUCGGGAAUAUCAAAAGGCAUUACGAAAAAAUGCAUAAUAUAAAAUUUACCCGGGACUAUCUUCCAAAACCCUCAGUGAAUAUAAACACCAUAACGCGUUCGAAAAACCAAGUUUUACAACUGAAUAAAAAUGAGUUUCUUAAAUGUUGCAUAGGAUUGGUGGCGGUGAAAAAUCUGCCCUUGAAUAUCUUCAAUGAUGAGAGGUACUUCAAGAGGCUUAUCAAUCCCUAUCUAGAGGAGUAUAGUCUGAAUUUAAGUAGUGAAAAUAUGGUGGAUGCUUUGGAGUUUUGGGCCUUGCGCAUCAGAACCUAUCUCAAGAUAAAACUACAUAAAAAGCCCUUAAGUUUAAAGUUGGAUGUAGUGGGCCGCCAUGGUAAAAACAUUUUGGUUAUACAUGUCCAGCAAUUGGAGAAAUAUGAAAUUGUCGUACAUACCUUGGGGACUAUUCAACUGAAGACUAAGCCUACUUCACAAACUCUGAAAGAGGCCAUAUGGAAAUGUCUCAAGGAUUACGAAAUUGAAGGGCAUCAAUUAUAUGCCGUAUCAAGUGAUAGCAGAGGUCGCUCCUUGAAAGCUCUCCAGCUAAUUCAAGAUGAAAUGGAGGAAAAUGAUAUGGAAAUAGAAGAAAACUUACAAAAGCCUAUCUUUAGCAUAGUCUUCAAUGGCUCUUACGUUAUAGAAUUGGCAGCUCGUAUCUAUUUUAAAACCAUCGAUGGUGAUCUAAAGCAAUGUCGCCAAGUGAUCAAGGCAAUACAUGAUAGGCAAAUGGAGAACAUGUUCUUGCCAUCACUGGAUAAUAGUCAACGUUGGAAAUCCACCUAUGAUAUGGUCUUCUCCUUAAAAGAAUUCAUUACUAACAGUGAAAUUGAGUUUGAGUUUGAAGAGAAACUAGAAUGGCUAGACUCUUUCUUGCAGACCCAUGAGCCUCUACAUGUUUGGUCGCAACAACAACAUAGUGAGCAAUAUAUAGUGGGAGAUUUCUAUCGCGAUUGGUUGGUGUGUGAGGCGAAACUGAAACAAUGGCCCCGCAAUGAGUAUGCCAUGCAUUUGUUAGAGGCCAUGUUGGAGCUUAAGCAGACCAUGUUGGAUAAUGAAGCCUUUAAUGCUGCGCUAUAUUUUGAUCCCAGAUUUAAUCAUUUGGAUACACCAUAUUUUAGUGAGGAGAGAAAGAAACAGGCAGUGUCUCAUGCAAUGCGUCUUGAAGCCCUAAUGAAAUCCUUAGAUGGCGCAAAUAAACUUCUUUCCGAAGACUAUGAAAUUCAAUAUCAUGGCAAAGGAAUGGGCAGAGUUGAAGAUCCCUAUAAUAUACUUGAAGCUGAAAUGCCCAUAAUUUGCAGAAAUUCAACAUCGUUGGAAACCAACCCGAGCUUAUGCCACAAACUGGAAAAUUUGGCAUAUGCUCAAAGAUUACCCUAUUCCACAAAUAUAUUGGAAUUUUGGAAACAUAUGCAAAUUAAGGAUACUCAAAUACAUGGCCUUUUGAAGGUGAUUCUAGGUGUGGUCAUAAGUCAAUCAUCGAUUGAAAGGACAUUCAAUGCUCUCUCAACAUUACUGACAAAAACAAAAUCUAAAAUGUCCAGAACGGCAAUGGAGAACAUGCUGCUGGUGAAACUUAAUGCCGAUAUUUUGGAUAUAGUGGAGGCUUAAA